GACAGCAGCACUACGGCCAACCCUUAUAUCGAAAUCCAACUGCCAAGCGAUCCUUCACGUGCACACCAAUUUGUACACAGGAACUCUGGGUUUUUUAUCAUCCAAACGACUUUACGUUGUCGCUUGUCAGGCCAUCCAGCCUGCACGACUGACAAGGCGGAGCCACGCAGGAAAAUCUCGAUGAACGUUCUUGACCAACACCACGGUCGGUCAUGGGUCCUCCCAUGUUCCUAAAGCAACGACUGCGAGUACGCAGUUUAAGCGAGAUCAAGCCUGCUAUCGAAGAUGGGGGCCUCAAGGUUAGCGAUUCGACGUCUUACGCACUGAGCCAAUGCGGCUUCCUGCUAAUACAUGAAAUAUACCUUCUGUAUUUUUUGUUUUUAUUUAUCCGCAGUAUUUAUUGUUAUGAUUAGUACAUGAUGUAAGUAGAUUGGUAUACUCCUCGCAGUGUUUCGCUUGAUUAGAUCUAAUCUCACUCAAGUACUGCCAUACUUAGCGCAAAUUUCUAUCCAACAUUAUGACCGGUUAACAGUCCGAUCAACAACCAGUACAAAAUGAUGUAACAAAAUCAAUCGGGAUUGACCAGAGCUCUAAAUAUAUUACCGUAAAAUGUCUGGUGACAAACGCGGCUACAUUAAGCUAGAACGCGCGAAAUGUAAUACGCUCAAUUAACUAGUACCUAACAGAAUAUUGCAGAGAAACCAAUUAUGUGAUUAACGAGGCUAUCCAAAAAUAGCUAAAAUGUAAACAUUUGAUAAUCGGCGCGCAUGUGGAAUGUUUGUUAAAGAAAAUGCAAUAUAUUUGAGAGCUAGACGUUAUCGAAGUAAGAUGUCCCGGUCGGGCUUUCAUAACGUCAAGAAAUAGGUCAAGCAAAUAAAGAAAGAUACAAUAUUAUUAAUAUGUUCAGAAAGACUGUUUAUAAGUUAAUCUAUAAUUAGGAAUUAUUAUAAUCUUCACGAUGGGGAGUAAUCUGUCAUUUCCAGAAGUUGAAAUCGCUCCUGACAGAACUUACAUUGUCACAGGUGGCAAUUCUGGUAUUGGUUAUUACUCGGCUAAAGAAAUUGCUAGAAUGGGCGGCCAUGUUAUUUUAGCCUGUAGAAAUAUGAGUAAAGCUGAAACAGCGAUACAACAGAUGCAGGAGGAAUACGAGAAAGAAUUUAAAGAAAAACAGGCUAAAUUACCAGAAACAGAGAGAAUGGAACCUAAAAAAUUAAAUGUUGAAAAGAUGGAAUUAGAUUUGGCAUCGUUUGAGAAAACUAUGAAAUUUAUAGAAGAAUUUAAAGCAAGGAACUGUCCAUUGCAUGUUCUGAUUUGCAAUGCUGGCAUAAUUAUGAAAACCAAAGAAAUGACUGAAGAUGGAUAUGAAACGGGUUUACAAGCCAAUUAUUUGUCACAUCUGCUUAUUAUUCUUCAUUUUCUACCAAUUUUACAACAAUCUGGAGAUGAUUGUCGAAUUGUCCAAACAUCAUCAUUGGCCUACAGAUUUGGAAAAUUGGACAUCAACAAUAUUAAUUAUGAACAAUCAUUUGGCACGACUUCUUCUUAUUCUAAUAGUAAGCUGUACCAGAUCAUAUCAAUGUAUUGGUUAACACGUCAUGUUAAAGACAAGUCCGUUACCAUUACGAGUGUUCAUCCUGGUUUUGUGAAAACUCAGAUGACCCAGACAAUUACAUUUGGUCGAGUAUUUAGUGCUUUUACCCGUAAUGGCUAUGCAGGAGCCACAACAACAAUAAAAGCUGCUACAGAUCCAACGUAUAAAGGAGAGACUGGUCUUUUUUUCUCUAAUUGUAAAAUAGAAUCCACAACAUCUUAUCCUAAGAACAUUGAACGUCAGGAUGAGUUGAUGAAGUACAGUUUUCAAGUUCUGGAUAAAUAUUUACCACAUGACGUUAAACAAUAUGUUGAUAUGUAAUCCAUUCUCUAGAUAAAUAUUUACCACAUCAUGAUUUUAAACAAUAUAUUGAUAUGUGAUUCAUUCUCUAGAUAAAUAUCUACCACGUGAUGUAGUUCAUUCUCUAGAUAAAUAUUCACCGCGUGAUGUUAAAAAAUAUAUUGAUAUGUGAUACAUUCUUUAGAUAAAUAUUUACCAAGUGAUGUUAAGCAAAAUAUUAUUAUGUGAUCUCAAGACAAAUAUUUACCAUAUGAUAUUAAAAGACAUUGUCGGUGUCAGCCAUUAUCACAUGUGUGUUAGAACUGAUUUUAACCACAUGCCAAAUAUAAUUUUAACACAGAGAUAUGCGUAGAGAAUUAAUAAAAACAAGGGAAUGUGCGGGCCUUUUCUAUGUUUCUUGUUUUCUCUUAGCUAGUGAUAGUCAGAUCUUUUUAUGAAUUGUCAGAUAUCCUCUCACAGUCUCAUAUAACAACUGUGAGCUGAAAUUCGAGAGAGAGAGAGAGGGGGGGGGUCAUUUCAGGACUAACACAGGGUUCAAUUUUUAUUUCAAAAAUCGCUUGCGCGUUGGGGUCUUUAGCAGAGGGGAGAAAACCUUCGCGGUUGGACAGGCAACCCAACUCCUUGUCACGUACAACCGGGGAAUCUAAACCACGCCAGUUGAUUCAAUAACAGACCUUAUGAUACCGCGCGCACGUGCUAACCAUUCGGCCAUCCAACCCCCUCAGUUAUAUAUAAGGAUAACUCGUGUUUUCAAUUUUUUGCGUCGCUUCCCGUUUCUUCAAAUCUUCGUAACGCAUCUAUCGCAGCAAUGAUCUCGUGUUAAAAUUAUAUUUGGAAUGUCUUUAUGUGUUAAUGUCUGACACCAACAUUAUCAUUUAAGCAAUACGUGUAAUUUAUUGUCUAGAUAAAUAUUUACAACAUGAUUUUAAACAAUAUACAGAUAUGUAAUUUAUUGUCUAGAUAAAUAUCUACCACAAGAUAUUAAACUAUAUAUAGAUAAGGAAUUUAUUGUCCUAGAUAAAUAUUUACCACAUGA